UGCGUGCGUGUCCGUGUGCCCAUCCUGCCAGAGAGGGGAGCAGAGAGCUCUGCUGGGAGCUACAUGGUGCUCAAUUUUUCAAGAUGUCGUCGCUGGAACAGAGGCUGUCGCGAAUCGAGGAGAAACUAAAGCAGGAAAAUGAAGAGGCUCGCCGGAGAAUCGACCUUAACAUCGAUAUGAGUCCGCAGCGGACACGUCCGAGGCCGAUCAUCGUGAUCCAGCUCAGUCCUGCUCCAGCUCCUUCCCAGCGUGCAGCCCUCCAGCUGCCACUGGCCAACGACGGGGGCAGCCGAUCGUCGUCUACAGAGAGCUCGCCUCAGCACCACCCUUACCCCAGCCGCCCGCGACACAUGCUGACCCUGCCCACGCCUCCCUACGGCCUGCAGAAGAGCUUAGAGAAUGCAGAGAUUGACCAGAAACUGCAGGAGAUCAUGAAACAGACGGGUUAUCUAAAGAUCGACGGUCAGCGGUAUCCGGCGGAGGUGACAGACCUGAUCAGUGAGGGGGAGAUCGGCAGCGGCACCUGCGGACAAGUUUUCAAAGUGCGAUUCAAGAAGACCGGCCAUGUCAUCGCGGUAAAACAAAUGCGUCGCACAGGGAACAAGGAUGAGAACAAGAGGAUCCUGAUGGACCUGGAUGUGGUGCUGAAGAGUCAUGACUGCCCGUACAUCAUCCAGUGCUACGGCGCCAUCGUCACCAGCACGGACGUAUUCAUCGCCAUGGAGCUGAUGGGAACGUGUGCAGAGAAGCUGAAGAAAAGAAUCCAGGGCCCCAUCCCAGAGAGAAUCCUUGGAAAGAUGACCGUGGCCAUAGUGAAGGCGCUGCUGUACCUGAAAGAGAAGCACGGCGUCAUCCACCGGGACGUCAAGCCCUCAAACAUCCUCCUGGACGCGAAAGGUCAGAUCAAGCUCUGCGACUUCGGGAUCAGCGGGCGCCUCGUCGACUCCAAGGCCAAGACCCGCAGCGCCGGCUGCGCCGCCUACAUGGCGCCCGAGAGGAUAGACCCUCCAGAUCCCACCAAACCUGACUAUGACAUCCGAGCAGACGUGUGGAGCCUCGGCAUCUCUCUGGUGGAGCUGGCCACUGGACAGUUUCCGUACAAGAACUGCAAGACAGACUUUGAGGUGCUGACCAAAGUGCUGCAGGAGGAUCCUCCUCUGCUGCCUCUCGGCAUGGGCUUCUCCCUCGACUUCCAGUCCUUCGUCAAAGACUGCCUCACGAAGGAUCACAGAAAAAGGCCAAAAUACCUCCAACUGCUGGAGCAUAACUUCAUCCGGCGUUACGAGGUGCUGGACGUGGACGUGGCCGGUUGGUUCCAGGCGGUGAUGGAUCGCACCGAGUCGCCUCGCAGCAGUCAGUGUUACAGCCACCAGCACCAGCUCCACUCGCUCUUCAGUAGGUAGCCGAGCCCAGCUGCCGUUAGCUUAGCCAGACUCAGUCUGCUCUAGUGCGGCCUAGCGUCAGGCUCCACCCCCCACCCCCCCACCCUAACCCGUCCAUCCGUCCACCGGAGAACCUGAAGAGCCCACGGAGGAGAGAGAGAUAGAGGGGGACGGAGACUCGGUGAGGCAAUGGACGGAGACAUGGACUGAUGGAUCAUUGGAUGGAGUGGAUUGUUCUGUUAAACAGUGUGUUGAAUCUGGACAGACAGACGCGGGAGGGAGGGGGAGAGAAAGGGGCACACGCUGUAGUUAGCUUCAUUCGUCACACACAAGCUGUAUGUGUGUUGUGUUUCUACAUUUUAUCCACCUGUCACUAGUUUUUCCCCCACAUGUUUGUCUCAAGCAUUGAUCCAAGUCGUUGGAUUGAUCAACAGAGUAGUCAUUACACACUGGAACAAAGCCUCUGCUACAUUAGCAAACACCUGUCAUGUACACAAACGUUACGGAGGACACAACCAUGAACCAUGCAUCUGUGCUUCUUCAGGUACUUCUACGACCACACAUUCUCUCUCUCUCUCUGUGUGUGUGUGUGUGUGUGUGUGUGUGUGUGUGUAUGUGCGUGUGUGUGUGUGUGUAUGUGCGUGUGUGUGCGCACACACGGAUGGAUAUCAAGACACAGUCGCUGGCUGUUUUAAGUAAGGGAGCUUAUGUUUGCUCGCCGUUUAUUGACCGUCACGCUACACCCGUUACACAAACACACUAAACCUUUAUGUAUUAACCCAUUGGCUUCAUUUUUAACACGCAAGGAUAGAAACUCACUAACGUUGACAUUAAAAAUGUUUAGAAUGCCAUCAUUGUAUUUAGCGGCUGCACAAUUGGGAAAAAACGGAUGAAAAAGACUUAUAAAAAAAGGUUUUGCAUUCUAGCUUUGUAGGAAAAGAGUUGUUUAUGAUUUAUUUGUGUGGGUUUGGACGUAGAUGUACUAAAAGAGAUGGAGGAGGAAGAGAAAAAGAUGUGUUAGCGGAGGGAGGGAAUUCCAGAAGUAUGGGAAAGAAGAGCAGGGAGAGUAGUCUAAGAAGGGAGUUUUUGGUUGGAGGUAAGCAGUGUUUUUUCAUUGAGGGGGAAAGAGAACGGGAGCUUAUCUGGUGAAAGGACAUUCAAGGAGUAGAACUUACUGCCUGUGGAGCGUUUGUCUACCUCCUCGUCCACAUGUCGGCCUGCUGUUCAGUGGGAUGCAGUGCUCCACGGCGGUACCGUACCAAAGGCUGCGUUCAGGAGACACAACCAAACCACACAGACGCCUCUGGAAGAAGCCUGUGGUGGUGGUUUUAGAGCCUGGAGCAGGGUCUCAUAAUACCGGUUUAGGGUUCGUGUCUGGCUCCACAUGUCAGUUUGCCUCCAUCCGUGAGGACGCAGGUGUGCAAAGAACAAGAAGAGUCAAUAUGCAAUAUGCAAUAUGCAGCGCUGCCCAAACCAAACCCCCACCAGACACAGAGAACCCGGGAAAUGGCGACAACACAGAGAGGAAACCGCUACGUGUGGGAGAGCGAGCGUUUGAGGAAGGAAGGUGGAGAGGAUCGGUGGGAGUGGAAUGUCAGGAGAGCGAGAGACGGAGGACGGGGAAGGAAGACAUGGAGGGUACAGAAGUGUGGGAUUGGGAAGUUAGUGGAACGUCUGAGACAAAUUGAAGUGUGACGGAAGGAGGCAGGUGUGCGAAUGAGGAGAGAGGAAACGGGGGGGCGUGAAAAGCUUUCAACUACCAAUUAUGAUCUAGUGAGUCAGCGCGUUGUCUUCAUGAUGUUUCUGUUUAACGAAUGAUAUUUAUUCACUUUGCUACUGCUGCUACUUUAUACUGUUUUAGAUGCUGCUCUCACUUCUUUUUCCCCAAAGGACAAAUCAUUUUAAUUUCAUUUUUUUUUUUUUUUUAAUUUCAAUUUUACAUCAAAGCCAAAUAAGUGAAAUAAUGCAAAGUCAUUGUGAGUUACCAAAUACAGAGCCGGUCUGAAGAGAGCAAAAGCAAGUGAGGGAUGGAUUAGAAGAUGGGGGGGGGGGGUCACCUCAUGUGUGUACAGGAAGGAGUUGAUGGUCCGUAACACUAAACUGUACAGUGUCCAUGCGGCUGGUGGGAAGUCUGUCUGUCCAGGUGCUUUACGUCCCUCCGUCCCCCCCCCCCCGUCCCCUGAGCGGUAACAAGGUGUCCACAACUCAACAGAAAAUACAAGUGUUGCUGUUAUUGUUAUUGACCUUAUAAUUGAUUACUCUCAGCUACAAUGUAUAUGAAAUAUUUCUAUAGUAAAUGGGAGAGGGUGGGGCUGUGUGUGUGUAGGGGGGGGGUGCAGCGCUGCUCGUGUGUGUGUGUGUGUGUGUGGUGAUCCUAUUUGUAAGUUAACCAAAUAUCAUUUUCACUAUGCAGUCAUUCAAACCAUUUCAGCUUGCUUGGUUGGGGAAGAAAAAAAAGCCCCCUGUACCCACGGCAGUUAAGCCGCCGCGCCCCCCCCCCCCCCCUACCACCGCACACACACACACACACACACACACACACACACACACGUACGUACGCACACUCCCAGUGUGAUUAAACAUCACCGACUUCAGCUAGAGAAAAGGGAGCGCGGGAGAGCAAGAGACGUGUUUUGAAUGAGCUGACAAUUAUUUAAGGAUUGUAUUGGGGUUUGGGGGGGGGAGGGGGGGUUGUGGGUUAGUUUUGGGAUUUGUAGUUUUUGGGGAGAUACCGAUCAAUGCUGUAAAGUAUAUAAAUUGCAUGUUAUAUGUCACCGUUGUAACUGCCAUUGUUUUGUUUUCUGUUUGUUCUUUUCAAGACAGUGGUUGGUCGGGCGGGGGUGCACAAAACUUUACCCUUAUUUAUGAUUUUUACACAUAUAGUCUGUUUUUGUUUUGAAAAUGUUUAAUUAUUGUGUACUUGGGAAAAGACACACUUUUUUUUUCUGUCAACUUUGCAAUAUAUAUUGAUUUGUUUCACUUUUGACCCAUCGCUCAUCAUCGAGGAGGAGCUGUGUCAAUAAUAGCCGUGUGUGUGUGUGUGUGUGUGUGUGUGUGUGUGUGUGUGUGUGUGUGUGUGUGUGUGUGUGUGUGUGUGUGUGUGUGUGUGUGUGUGUGUGUGUGUGUGUGUGUGUGUGUGUGUGUGUGUGUGUGUGUGUGUGUGUGUGUGUGUGUGUCAUCAGUCUACCAAAAGUCUCUAUUGAUAGUGAUUAUUAUUAUUAGCUUUUAUUUUUAUCCAUUAUAUUUUUUUAUCAUAAUUACUAUGAUUACUGUUUUGAUUUGUUUUGUUAUAAUUAUAAUUAUUCAGGGCAAAGAUGACACCAAAAUUGAACAAAGAAAUAAAUGGGUGAUCCCAGAGAGUGCUGAGACAGCUGUCCGUCAUUCUGAGGUUCUUUAGUUUUCUGGUUUUAGUCAGCGUUACGCAGCAGUGUCAAUCCACCUCGUUUAAACCGCCACAGAAACAUAACCUCUCAACUCAAAGUCUAAUAGUAUUUUUUUAUCAUUAUUAUGUUGUUUUCCUUUGAUCAGAUGUCAUGAUCAAUUUAUUUCUUGUUACCCCAGUUUGGGUCAUGACUUGUGUGCUGUUAUUUAUUUCUUUUUUUUCUCCUCGUCCCCGCCCCCUGCUUUUUUAUUCUUUUUUUAUUAUAUUUCAAGAGUAUUCUUUUCUUUUUUUUUUCUUCUUUAUGGUUUGUCUGAUGCUGUGGUAAUGAGCUAAUUGGUCAAAUAUCAGUAUCAAUAUAUUUUUUUUCCUAAUGCUGAAACUGUCAUGACUGAUGUUGCACUUGUGAUGGGUUUUAUUUAGUUUUUAUUAUGCUUUGUGUUGCAGAUUUGGGAUUGUUGUGCAGAGAGGAGAAAACCUUAUUUCCUUUAAGUCACAGCAGUUAUUUUACCAAUCAGAUCUGUGCCACAGAGCACGAAAAUGAUUCAACAGUGUAUUUUUUUCACUGAUAUUUAUUUAUUGGUCAUUUGUAUGUUGUUUUUUUUAAUUUGUUUUAUGUGACUCUCUUUCUCGGAGGGCAAACUCUGGCCUCUCAUUGGCGUCUAACGUUGUGUACAGGAAGCUAAAUAUUGGAUCCAUCCGUCACACUAACGUACAGUCUACAAAGUAACGAAGCCACGGGUCCAACUAGAAACCGACAGCCCAGUAAGGUGCACUGUUCCUGGCUUUUCUGUGUCUGUCGGACCUAUUUCAGCUUACUGUUUGCCCUCAGAGGGCCGCAACCAACAGACUGACUUAGAGCGUGCCGUGGCUACAUUAAACCUAAUGUCUGUAUUGUUUGAAACUUGGACGGUUUUUAAUCUGAAUUCCACCUACAAAGCAGACAAGAUUUGUGUGUGUUUUUUUUUUUUUUUUAAGUUUACGUUAUUCCAGCUGAUGACUAAUAUGAUAGUGGACUGAUUGGCUUGUUACUAACCUAUUAACCUACCUCUGUUAGCGAGGUGGGACACGCCUGCUUUGACAACACCACUGGUGUGUGUCGCUUGUGUUUUUUUUUUUCUCCUGUAUGCAGUCUAGAUUGCAUGACUUUGCUAGUGUGCAGGGCAGGGGAAGGAUUCACUUUAGUCUACGCUGUUGCAGUUCAAAAGCUUCUUGUACGUACAACAUCAUGGAUUCUAGUGUGUCGAGGGUUGCAUCGAUCGACACAGCUUAACUGCCUUUUCAUUUGUUUUUCCUCUUUGUUGUGUUUUGACUGUAUUUUAU